AAACUAUUGCGCAACCAUGAAGGAAUGCACAUUGUAUAUAUAACUGGACACGGUGUGAAUUAUAUUGGGAUUUAUCACACAAAUCAAUUGAAUUGGUCGAUGAUAAUGUUGCAUACACUGGUGGUCUAGCUCAAAGCGCGCGUCCGGGGAACAGAUCAUUUCAUGGAUUUCCUGCAGCAGCGAGAGAGAAGACCGAGAGAGCUAGCGACGUGCUUGUGUAUUGUCACUGGAAGAAACAGCGGCAAAGAGCAGUGCAGAUCGACGAUUAUUCCAAUUGAAGGUCUUGCUUGACUUGUGCUACUGGGCCAUUGGACGUUCUUUGUGAAGAAACACUGAGUGCUUUCAAUAGGCAGUCUCUUCUUUCAUUGGAGAGAGAAGACCAUAGCUGUGCUGGGGGAAACGGUGGAAAAUCUAGGCUGAUGAUCACAGCCCUCCAGCAGGUACAGACCUAGACAGAGGAGGCUGACUGUGUGGGUCCCGUAGCCAGACAGGGUGCACUCCUCUGGGGGAUGGAAGCAGCAGGAUUCCCCUGUGAGUGCCACAGAUCUCCAUGGUGUGAUUGUGUAGAAGAUGAAGAAUAGCCCUGCUGUUAUCUCAUCCCUCCUUUCCUCUCUUCAUCCCUCUCUCCCCCUCCCCUGCUCAUUGAGGAUGAGAGUGAGGUGGGACUACACGUCACCUGCAAUAGCAGACUCGCACAGAGAGAGGGUCAUGCCUAGGUCACUCUUCCUCUUGCUUCUCUUCCUCUCAUCCCUCUGCUCUACCUGUCUGUCCAUCCAUGCGGAGACAGCAGAGAGCCACAGUACAUUUACCUGUGAGCCAGUAGGACUGCGGAUGUGCCAGGACCUGCCUUACAACGCCACCUUCAUGCCCAACCUCCUCAACCACUACGACCAGCAGACGGCCGCACUCGCCAUGGAGCCCUUCCACCCCAUGGUGAACCUGCAGUGUUCGGAGGACCUGAGGAUGUUUCUGUGUGCCCUCUACGCUCCAGUCUGUAUGGAGUAUGGCCGCGUGUCCAUGCCCUGCCGAGCCCUGUGCCACCGCGCCAAGAGAGACUGCAACAAACUCAUGGAGAUGUUUGGGGUGGCCUGGCCAGACGAGACAGAGUGUAGCAGGUUCCCAGACUGUGAUGAGCCCUACCCCCGUGCGGUGGACCUCCAGACCAGUGCAAAUCCCACCGAUAUCUCUCCCAUGUCUGUCCAGAGGGAUUUCGGCUUCUGGUGCCCCCGCAAGCUCAAAAUGGAACCCGACCUGGGCUACUCAUUCCUGGGCGUGAGGGAGUGCUCGCCCCCCUGCCCCAACAUGUACUUCCAGCGCCCGGAACUGACCUUCGCCCGCUACUUCAUCGGCGUGGUUUCCAUCGUCUGUCUCUCGGCAACACUCUUCAGCUUCCUCACCUUCCUCAUCGACGUCACGAGGUUCCGCUACCCGGAGCGGCCAAUCAUCUUCUACGCCGCUUGCUACAUGAUGGUGUCGCUUGUGUUCUUCCUGGGCUUCCUAUUGGAGGACAGGGUGGCUUGCAACGCGGCGAGCCCCACCCACUACCGGGCGGCCACCAUCACACAGGGCUCCCACAACAAGGCAUGCACGCUGCUGUUCAUGGUGCUCUACUUCUUCACAAUGGCGGGAAGCGUGUGGUGGGUCAUCCUCACCAUUACCUGGUUCCUGGCGGCCGUGCCCAAGUGGGGCAGCGAGGCCAUCGAGAAGAAGGCCCUUCUCUUUCACACCUGUGCCUGGGGCCUGCCCGGCUGCCUCACCGUGGCCCUGCUGGCCCUCAACAAGAUCGAGGGCGAUGGCGUGAGUGGCGUGUGCUUUGUGGGCCUCUACGACGUCACGGCGCUGCGCUGGUUCCUGCUGGCGCCGCUCUGCCUCAACGUGGCGGUGGGUGUGGCUCUGCUUCUGACGGGGAUCGUGGCGCUUAACCGUGUGCGUAUGGAGAUCCCUCUGGAGAAGGAGAACCAGGACAAGCUGGUGAAGUUUAUGAUCCGUAUCGGGGUGUUCUCUGUGCUUUACCUGGUGCCCCUGCUUACGGUCAUCUCCUGCUACCUGUAUGAACACAGCUACAGGUCUGUCUGGGAGACCACCUGGGUCCAGGAGCACUGCAGAGACUACCACAUACCCUGUCCCUUCCAGGUUGAGCAGACUAGUCGUCCAGACCUGGCCCUGUUCCUCAUUAAGUACCUGAUGAUGCUGGUGGUGGGGAUUCCCUCAGUUUUCUGGGUGGGCAGCAAGAAGACCUGCUUCGAAUGGGCCAGCUUCCUACACAGACGUAGAAACAAAGAUAGUGGGGUGAAUGAGAGCAGACAGGUGCUCCAGGAGCCAGACUUUGCCCAGUCUCUACUGAGGGACCCCCACACCCCCAUCAUCAGGAAAUCACGGGGAACCUCCACCCAGGGCACCUCCACCCAUGCCUCCUCCACUCACCUGGCCAUCUUGGACGAGCCUGAUGACCCUAGACACGCCCCUGAUGACCGCAGACCAAUCCACUCACUGGGCCACGCCUCCUCCACCCGCAGCAAGGCUGGCAGCGUGAACAGCAAGACCAGUUACCAUGGCAGUCUACAUCGCUCCCGAGAUGGACGCUACACCCCCUAUAGUUACCGAGGCGGCGAGGAGCGCACUCUACCCCCCCACGGCAGCACGCCCCGCCACGACCACCUGCUGUCCACUCACAGCAGCCUCCAUGGUCUGGAUGCCCAAUCACAGCACAGCAGCCAGUGUGAUCUCUCCGUGGCCACACCCACCCUUAUCACCCACGGGACGAGCUUCGGCCGCGUCACUAAUAAUGGUGACAAUGGAGCCAGCGCCUGACCGGAAACAGGAAAUUAUGUCAUCACUGCUGAACAGGAAGUUGUCAGUUGUCCCGCUUCCCACCUUUGACAUACACACAGGUCCCUCCCAUUCAGGAGGAAUGUGAGAGAGGAAGUGGGGCCUUCAGUUUGACUGACAGAUGGAUCACUCCUGGACAGCUUUUCACAGAGGUUGCUAAGUAGCGAGAUGCUAACCCUCAAUCAGUCAGUUGGACUUGGAUUGGACUCUCUAUAGAGGGAAUGGCUUCAUAGCCAGAAAGCCAGCCCACUAUGAAUGAGGGGGAUUGUGUGUGUACUCCGAUACACACCAAGAGACCCAGAGAUGAGCUGAUAAGGUCUACUCUGUGUGUGUUACAGUGCUAUUUUGCUGUGGUUGUGAAACAAGACUAUUAUAUUUUUUUAUACUGUGAA